CUGGCGGCGGCGGUGGCGGUAGCAGCCGUGGCGGCUUCUGCGCAUGCUCCGUCGCCCGCCCGCCCUGGCCGCUCGCCGCCCGCCCGCCCGACGGAGACGCCCCCGCUCUCUGACUACAUGUGAAAGAUGGCCAAUGCGGAAGUGAGUGUCCCAGUGGGGGAUGUGGUUGUGCUACCCACUGAAGGAAAUGAAGGGGAGAACCCUGAAGAUACUAAAACCCAAGUGAUCUUGCAGUUACAACCUGUGCAGCAAGGUUUGUUUAUCGAUGGACACUUUUACAACAGGAUUUAUGAAGCUGGGUCGGAGAACAACACAGCAGUUGUGGCAGUAGAAACUCACACGAUACACAAAAUUGAAGAAGGGAUUGAUGCAAGCACUAUAGAAGCAAAUGAGGACAUGGAAAUUGCUUACCCCAUAACAUGUGGAGAGAGCAAAGCUAUUCUCCUUUGGAAGAAGUUUGUUUGUCCAGGAAUAAAUGUGAAGUGUGUCAAGUUCAAUGAUCAGUUGAUCAGUCCUAAGCAUUUUGUUCAUCUGGCGGGUAAGUCCACCCUAAAGGACUGGAAAAGAGCCAUUCGUCUGGGUGGAAUCAUGCUCAGGAAAAUGAUGGACUCCGGGCAGAUUGAUUUUUACCAACAUGACAAGGUUUGCUCCAAUACCUGCAGAAGCACCAAAUUUGAUCUUCUGAUCAGCAGUGCCAGAGCUCCCGUGCCUGGACAGCAGACAAGUGUGGUGCAGACACCCACUUCGGCUGAUGGUAGCAUCACACAGAUUGCAAUCUCAGAAGAGAGUAUGGAAGAGGCAGGGCUGGAAUGGAACUCAGCUCUCACCGCUGCUGUCACCAUGGCCACUGAGGAGGGCGUGAAAAAAGACUCAGAGGAAAUUUCAGAAGACACUUUGAUGUUCUGGAAAGGGAUAGCUGAUGUAGGGCUGAUGGAAGAGGUUGUCUGCAAUAUACAAAAGGAAAUAGAGGAAUUACUCAGGGGAGUUCAGCAGCGGCUCAUACAGGCUCCCUUCCAGGUCACAGACGCCGCUGUUCUCAAUAAUGUAGCACAUACAUUUGGCCUGAUGGACACAGUCAAGAAGGUUUUGGACAACAGGAGGAACCAAGUAGAACAGGGAGAAGAGCAAUUUCUCUAUACUCUGACAGACUUGGAACGCCAGUUGGAAGAACAGAAGAAGCAAGCUCAGGAUCACAGGCUGAAAUCCCAGACAGUUCAAAAUGUGGUACUGAUGCCCAUGAGCACUCCCAAGCCUCCAAAAAGGCCCCGGCUCCAGCGGCCAGCCUCUACCACCGUCCUGAGCCCUUCUCCUCCUGUCCAGCAACCUCAGUUCACCGUCAUCUCCCCCAUCACCAUUACCCCAGUGGGUCAGUCGUUUUCCAUGGGCAAUAUUCCAGUGGCCACCCUCAGCCAGGGCUCCAGUCCUGUGACUGUGCACACACUGCCUUCUGGCCCUCAGCUCUUCCGCUAUGCCACAGUGGUCUCCUCUGCCAAGAGCAGCUCACCAGACACAGUGACCAUCCACCCGUCAUCUAGCUUGGCACUGCUGAGCUCCACUGCCAUGCAGGAUGGGAGUACCCUGGGCAACAUGACCACCAUGGUGAGCCCUGUGGAAUUGGUGGCCAUGGAAUCUGGCCUGACCUCAGCAAUUCAGGCAGUUGAAAGCACCUCAGAGGACGGGCAGACCAUCAUCGAAAUUGACCCAGCCCCAGACCCAGAGGCUGAGGAUACUGAUGGCAAAGCAGUCAUUUUGGAGACCGAGCUGAGGACUGAGGAGAAAGUCGUGGCAGAGAUGGAGGAACACCAGCACCAAGUCCACAACGUGGAGAUUGUGGUCUUAGAGGACUAACUGGGAAUUUGGGGGCCAGGAGAUAUAUUUUGGUUUGGAAUUUUAAUUAUUUGUUUGUUUUUGUCAUUGUCCCACUCAUUUCCACUUAGGAUCUUUUUUUUUUAAAAAAAAAAAACAAAAAACAGCAACAUAAUUUUGUUGUAACUGAAAAUGUUGGGUCCCUCCACCUUGUCAUUGAAAAAUGGACAAAAACAAGCUGCCCUUCUGAAGUUGAAUAUAGGUCACUCAAUGUCCUAAUCCUUUUAUACCAAGAACAUUAUUUCUUUUAGGUGAGCCACCAUGAUAACCAGAAAUCCUGUCGAGAAAGCCCUUUCCAAGCUAGUCUAUCUGUGUACUCGUACGAUUGUGUUCUUAUAAAGGUGUGUUGACCAAACUGUGGAACACAGAUCUGACACUGGAAGGCAACUCACUCAGAUGUGGAUGCAGAAGGAUACUUUAUUUUGUAUCCCCAGAAGCCAGUGCAAAACGCUGAGGUUAAAGGAAGUUGAAUUCUGCUUGGAGGGAAGGGUGGCAUAGCCACAGCAGCAGCUUAGGAAGGGGAAGUGCUUUGGCCAGAAGGGGCAAGGAAAUGAUCUUAAUUUCUAGAAUGCAACUGAUGCCUCUUUAUCUCUGAGGGUUACCACCAAGGGUACCACUUUGAGGAAAGGGCUGAGUGGAAGUGCACAUCUCCACAGAGCAAGUGGCAUCAGAAAUGGGAAAAGCUGCGACUUUGCAGAAAUAGCUGGCAGUCACAGCUAUGCAGUGGGCUUCAAGGCGAUAGCCCCCUGGGCUCCCCACUUUGUCAAAGCACUUAU